AUUAUGCCCGACGUAACUCUCUUUCUUCUGCCUUUCCCAGCGUUGAACCUACACACCUCUUCCUUUUACUGCUGUAUGAAAUGCGUACUUGUAAAAUCUGCAACACUCCUUUCUCAAGGCGUAAAUACAAAAGCCAUGUCUCGAAGUGCUAUAAUCGUGCACGGCAAUUUGUUAUUCAAGAUCAAGCGAGGGAAGAAGGUCACCAGAGCGACAGUGAUCAAAGUGUUUCAGAAGUUAGCGACGCGUCAGAUCAAACUGAAAUCAUGGACACUGUCAUAGACGAUGAUUUCGAUUAUGGUGACGACUGUGUUAGUGAAAUUGAGAGCAGCAGCAACAGCAGCAGCAGUGACAGCGGUAGCAUGGCAAGCAAUGAGACAAGAAGUACAGCCAGCGUCACGUCUGAAUGGUCCGACGAAGAAACCUCUAAGCAGAAUGAUAGGUCGCCUGUAUUGCUCCCUGUUUUUUACGAGCCUGGUCAGCCAAAUGUCUAUACGGUCACCGAUAAUUUUCUGUUGUUGAACGAUAAAGUGUCGAAGCGAAGCCUUGAACUUUACAAAAUUAACAAACAAAGAAACGUCUCAAGGCAAGCGCAUCGUGAACACACUGAGUUCAUUAACAAGAUUUUCAAGGAGGAGGGGCUGGUAAGUGUUUUUAGAUUAGUCAGUAGAGACCUAAUGAAGAGGGAUAGGGCUGAUUUCUUUAUAAUUCAUUCAUUUCAUAAAGUCCUCGUCGCUUACAAAACAGAACAAGUCUUGCUAAAAGCGUUCCCUGUCAAGCCAAGGAACUAUGAUGUGUGCAUCAAUGGAUGUCGACUUCUUAUGGACGAUGCAGAAAGCUGCCAGAAAUGUGGAAAGCCACGCUAUGUGAUUCGGGCACCGGGAAGCAUUAGGAAGCCGCAGUGCACGAUGAAAUACCUGUCUAUCCAAGAUCAACUCGCGGCUUUACUUGCGCGGCCAGAGUCAAGGGAUCAAUUACGUGGUUUGACAAGCCUCCCUGAAAAUGAUUCAGCAGAAUUGGAAGGCUACUUUGAUGGCAAAGCUUGGAAAGAAAAACAUAAGCAUCUCUUUACUGGACCACACGACAUCGCACUUUGCCUUUAUGUCGACAGCUUCACGCCGUUCAAACGCACAAAAAUCUCAUUGACAAGAGUCUUCAUAAAAUUUCAUAGUUAUUCAUUAGCGAGCGUUACAGAUUAUAUCAUACAGAGCUUUCAUAGUUAUUCAUUACACCAAGAGUAUUUAUUAAGUUCCAUGGAUGUUCAUGAAGAUCGCUCAUAGAUCUUCAUGUGCAGAAAGCCAUGAAACGUAAUGACACGAUUUUUUUUAGAAGUUUUCAUGAUAUUUCAUGGGUAUCCAGGAACGCGUCCUAGGAUAUCAUGAAUUCUCAUAUUUUAUCAGAUGCGAGUUGGCCGUGGUGUGAUAAACGUAGGUAGAAAGAAGUUGACGAUAUGAAAAUUAUAUAUUAAAGUAUAUUGUUAUCGAGGAGCGUUUACUGUAUGAGAAGUGCUACGCGUACGAGUUUUUUUUCUUACGCGUACGAGUUUUUCUGAGCGGGUUUUCAAAGUGGUUGUGUUGUGAAACCUUGUAUAGCCAAUCCGAUUGCCGUCUUGCAUGUAUGAGUUUUUUGCUAAAGGAACUGAACAGCAUAUGCUAUCCAUCAAUCUUCCGUUUUUUUGGAUGGUCUUGUCAAAAUAAAUAGCUAUUG